UAAUGCUAAUUGAACCCUUUCAUUAGGAUACUAUUUAGGAUAUCGCCUUUAAUUAAAACGGUUCCAGAUUUGCUAUUGCAUCCAGUGAUUAGACAUUAAGAAUUUUCAAUAAAGUAGAUGGGUAUUAUUUAGCUGAAUUAUAUUAGAAAAUGGGAGAAGAGUUCAGAAUUCAAAUUUAGUUGCAGUAAUGCUUGGAAAGUUAAAUGGGCUGAUCCUAAAUUUGGAUAAUUGAUAGCAAUUUCUAGUUAAAGUAAAGGAAUUUAAGUAUGGGAGGAAAAAAAAUAAUAUUUGGAAAACUCUAAUGGAUAAAAAUAAAUUACUACAGUAUGGAAAUAAAGAUCUUUAACACUAGAAAAGACGGAAUUAAUUGUUGAUAUUUAAUUUGGUUCAAAAUCUAAUGGUUUACUAUUAGUUAUUGCAUUUGCAGAUGGAAUUGUUUAAGUUCACAGAGCUUAUGAAAACAAUCAAUUCAGAUUAGAAGCAGAAGAAAUCAGUAUUAUGCCUUAUGGGCUAAGAGCAUUGUCUUGGAAUUAAGCUCCAUCAGAUAAAGAUAUGAGUAUUUUUGCUGGAAAUGAUGAGAAUUCAAGAUAUUUGAGACUAAAACUUGAAAAUUAUACUCUAUAAAGAAUAAAAACUUUGUCUAUUUGGAUACUUUAGCAUGAAACUUAAAAAUUAACAUUUACAAAAUUUUUUGAAUUUGAUGAGGAAAAAACUGUAUAUGAUGUCUAAUGGGCAAAUUAAAAUGGUAAAUCCUAUCAUUAAAUUGCAUUUGCUACUUAAGAAGGAGUUAAAAUUUGGCAAUUUAGAUUCAUAGGGGAAUCAUAAGUAGAAAAGCAAAAUUUAAUAUAUAUUAACUAAGAUCCAUUAUAAAAUAGUCUAGCUUAUAAAGUGUAAUGGAAUUCCUUAGCUAAUUUGCUUUCAAUUUCUUAUGAGUUUAUAAUAAAUGAUAACUAAUAAUAAACUACGACUAGAGAUGUUAAAGUUUUUCAACUUCAAAAUGGAAAUUGGAUUACAAAGACUAUAAUAUCUGAACCAAAUCUAAUAAAAGAUAUCUAAUCUCUCCUUAGUAUACCAAGUGUUUAAUUGAUUUAAUGA